AUGUCUCGCAAUAUAUUUAUCCGUGCGUUCUCUGGAGUGAUUCCCUUGACAGCACCUUAUCAGCGACCAAUCUCUUCUCGCUUGACUUUCAUUCCACGAACACGCUUCAUGACGACCAAAGCCUCUUCAUCUAUGCCUAAACAUACAUCUAAAUCUACACCUACGCCUAUGCCUACGCCUACGCCUACGCCUUCAGCUUCAGUGUCGUCUUCGUCUUCACCUUCUCCUCCCCAGGGAAAAAUAAAGCAGUUUACGAAGAAAUAUGGUCCAAUGGGCGUAAGCGUCUAUUUUGCACUCAGUGUAAUAGAUCUCAGCCUCACAAUGGCCGUAAUCAGUGUCAAGGGAGCCGACCAAGCAAAGCAGGCUGAGGAAUGGGUACUUCAGAAAGUAAAAGGGUGGUUGGGAAUGUCGCACACUCCUUCCAAGAUAGAGAAGGGGGAGCCUUCGUUUGGGUCUCUGUUUGUGAUUGCCUAUGGAAUUCAUAAAACAAUCCUGUUGCCCAUCCGUCUAUCUCUCACUGCAGCCAUUACACCCAUAGUAGCAAAGCGAUUCAAACAGUGGGGAUUACAGAAAGCAAGCAAGCAAGUUAAAUAG